GGUUGCCCGUAAAGUAAAUACGGAAUAAAUUGUAUUCAUGUGGUUUCCUAAACAAGAGCGUAUUGUUGACGUCGACGGCAUAAAAAGUUUUAUGAUUUUUUCGUUUUAAUUUUUCGUUUGAUUUUUUAUUUUUAUUUUGCGAACACUUGUUCAAUUGUUCCACGUCAAAGUAAAUUAAUCAUCAAAUUGAAAGUGCAAAAAGUGAGAGGCUGUGACCGAAAACAAUAUAUAUCAAGCACGCAUUUUGUGAAGAAAAUGUCGAAACUUCGACGCAACAUCUUUUCGUCAUCUAGAAAUAGGAAUAAGCACAACGGUGAUGGAAUUAGUGAUAUUUCAACGAAUGGAAAAUUAAAAAUGAAUAAGGGCAAGGUGAUGUCACACGGUGAAUUUUUGACGCGCGUUCAAAAAUCUCUAUAUUACAGUGACAACAAAGCCAAAAUGUCAAUCCCAUUGUCCGACUAUAUUGCUGAUACAUUUUCCGAAACACAUGAUGGCUAUUCGUUGAAUCGUUUAAAUUACUCGACCGUUGGCAAUUUACGCUCUACACCAUGUUCACUCAUAUUGGCUAUGAUCUAUUUGGAACGUUUAAAGGAUGCAGACCCCGCAUAUACAAAACACGUAACACCGACUGAAUUGUUUUUAGUUUCAAUGAUGGUAGCGACAAAAUUUUACAGUGGACAUGAUGAUGAGGCGCCAUACGUGAAUUGGUCCGAAUGUGCGAACAUGACCCCGGAUAAUUUGCUCGAAAUGGAAUUGUCGUUUUUAAAUGCAAUCGAUUGGAAGGUGUAUGUCUCGAAUGAAGAAUUCUUUAACAAAGUUAAAUCGCUGGAAAUAAUAUUGGCACAACAGCAGGGAAUGAAACGUGGAUUUUUUACAUACUUGGAAAUGAGUAGCAUAAUGCCAUCCGCACAUGUGGCCAAACAAUUGAUACAGUCGAUAUUGGUUAUGAGUUUAAGCUACACUGUUUUAGUUGCAACAAUGGUUGCCAGUGUAUUUUUAGUUAGUCAAAUACCGGGCACAUAUUUGAAUGCACCAACCAGUACAACACAUUCAUCAGCCAAUUUACCUAUCAGAAAUUCGAGCUUAACGCAAAGAAUUGGAACGGCAAACAUGCCUCUGGCCACGAAUGAACCUAGCGAAUCAACCGAAAAUUCCAGUGAAUCUGAUUUAGACGUAAUAUUAAAUCUAGCCCUAGAUAGACUGAAUAAACCUUCCGAACCAGUGAAUGAGAAAGAACAACCGAAUACAACAACAUGGACAUCGUCGUUUUUCUCGUCGUGGUAUUCAUUGCUGAACAUCGAUUCACCUCAACGGCCUGUGAUAGGAAAUAAUUGGGACUGGAAAUACACAUGCAACGAAGGAAUAAACGAACAUAUUUUCUGCAAUUCAUCGGCAAAUAAAGGCUUAUUGUCCACUUCCACCAGUGCAGAUAGAUUUAAAUUUAGUUUUAAUGGAAUUAAACUGAAAUGGGCUUGACAUCAAAUACUAUUUUCAAUUAUUUUCUUGAAUGAAUUCAACAUCAAAAUAGACCUGUUGUAAUUUUCAAAAUCGAUGUCAAACUGAAAAAUAAUAAUAUAGAUUUUAAUGUGAAAAACAUUCGCAAAAUGUACUACACAAGUUCUCAAUUUGAAUUCUAAACAGAGACUGUUUCGCAGAGCAAUAUAUGUAAGGAGGAGCGCUCUGAGGAGCCCAGCUCCUUCUCAGUGAGGAGCAAAGUAUUAAAAGUUACGUUUGUCCUUUGCAGUAGCACCUACUGGCUCUAAAGAGCGCUCCUCCUCACAAAUAAUGUUCUGAGAAACAGUCUCUGUUUCUAAAUAGCAGUCUCUAUUUAUUACUUUUUUUUUCCAUUUAUUUGGCUUUGUAAAAUUAUAAUUUUACCCGAAAUUUGUACUUUUUCUCUUUUCAAAAUAAAGACAAAGAACUGGAUAUAACUAAAUGAA